AUGGCCGCUCCGUCGCGAGAGGGCCCAAAACCCUCGAUCAACCGCCAAACCACUGCACCUUUUCAUUUGAAGCUCUUCUACCGAGUCAACAACUACAACCCUCUUUCCGAUUACAGCAUCCCCGUACCACCUCGCCGCGGAGGACCGGUCAGCGGACCAAAUGCCAUUCGUCCAACAUCGCCCGUCGCAUCUGCAACACCACUCCCACCACAUCUGGAGAUCUACACAUGGCAAUCAUGCACACUUCGCGAGCUCUCACAGCUUCUCACUUCUGCUCUUCCAUCAUUACUCCCUGAUCCGCCCGUUGGCACCCGUCUCUGCUUCCGAUUGAUUUACCCCGACGCGCGCGGCGCGGCAAUGGGCGGCCCCGAUGCGCGUGGCCGAUACUUGAGCAGGGACUUAGGCAGUGCUAUUGUUGGCCCGAGAGAUAGUCCAUUGCGCGCGGAUGACGACGAAGAUAAGCAGGAGGAACGACCUCGCCCUGGCCCGCUCCGUUUCCAGGGUUCCGAGGCGGACAGGCCUCUGCAGGAUGCCCGGUUCAUCGUUGGAGACUACAUUGAAUGUGCAAUUCUUGCACCGCUUGAGGAUGGAUCUGUUGCGCCUCCUCUCAAUGGCGCGUCAGGCCCGAUCCUAGGACCCAGAGGUGGAGGUGGAGGUGGCAUGCGCGCGUUCCGGGAUAAUGGCUAUAAUCGUGGGGCUGGUCGUGGUGGUCCUCGUGGAGGAGGAGGUGGUGGUGGUGGACCUCCCCAUAUGCCCCGAGGUGAUUGGCAUCGUGGUGAGCGAUUGCCUGAAGGUGGACGCGGAGGCCGUCGUGGAUGGGCGCCAUAUUGA